AUGACGCGGGCCUCUGUGAGCAGUUCAGAGUACGUGUCUCUGUUUCGGCCGGAGAUGGAGCACUAUGUCAUGAGGUGUAAUCAUACAGCCGUGUUUCUUGAGCCAAUGAUAUACGUUUUUGGCGGGAGCGAUGGCAUUACCGCGUUCAAUACCCUUGGCGCCUUCAAUCUUGAUACAAGGGUCUGGGCAGAGGUUCCAGUUGAAAAGGUUUCUCCUUCGUGCCCUUGUGCCCGCACCAAGCACGCUGCCUGCCUCGUUCGUUGGAACCACAAAGAUUACCUUUACAUAUACGGAGGAAUCGACGGAACGAGGUACCUCAGCGACUUUUGGAGGUGCGACUUGGCGACGGGGGUCUUUGAGGAAAUUCAUGGAGUCAGCCAGCGCUCUCCUCCCCCCGCCCUCAGUUCCCACUGCUUGGCACGCCUCGGUGCAUCCGAGUUGGUGCUUUUCGGCGGCGUGUCCAACAAGCAGCUUUCUACACAGACGUGGUACUAUAACCUAGAUACUAAUACAUGGUCUAUAAAUCCCUAUAGGGACUGUGACCAGCCGGAGCCAUGCAUGGGAGCAACACUGACGACGAUGGUCAAUAAUCACUGCCUACUCUUUGGAGGAAUAAGUGCAAAUGGUUUUCUGAGCCAUUGCUGGAAGCUUUACCCCAAUCACAAAUGGGAGCUUCUUCCCGUGCAGAAGAAUGGGCCAAUGUCUCGGGCAUUCCACUGCGCAGUUCCAGUAGGAGAAGGUCGUCUUCUUAUUCACGGUGGCGAGUAUGGAAAGCAGCAUGAUCAGAAGCUUGCUGAUACCUGGAUUCUUUACGAGACAAACAGGAUUUGGAAACGUAUCCCAGAGUCAGAUCUUACUCCUCAACCACGUAGUAACCAUGCCAUUGUUCUGUGGCAGAGUCGUUCUGGGAAUUAUCGUCUAUUUAUACUUGGUGGAAGAGGGCGUGAAGGUAUAGCUGCGGAGUUUUGGUGCUUAAAUCUCAGCAAAGCAGGACUAGGGAGGGAGGACUACUUGCAGAUCCUCACAGAAACGCAACUGCAUGAUGGAAUGCACAACUAUGUAACAGCCUCUGGGUCCUAUGACGUUGCUGCUGACCUCACUCCGAAUAAAUCCGUACGUAGCGGUAGCAAACCAGAGUCACAACGGACGUCUGUCUCCUUUAACGUCCCGGAUCAACCACUGGACGGAGACGAUUUGCUUAGCGGUCGGGGAUGGACUCCAACGCGGAGUGCGCCGCGGCGCGCUAAUUCUAGACCAUAUGCCCAGAUGGAGGAGGAAGUCAAGAGGCGCGCAGAUGGGCCCGAUUUCCCGCUUUUUUCCCAGCAACUCUCUGAAGCUAUGCACAAAGUCACCAUGCUUACAGAUGCACAUAAUGCGCUUAGUGAAAACAUGGCCACUAGGCUGAGCACUCUUGAUCGCGCUAUGCUCGAGCUUCGCAAUGGAGGCCAAGGCCAAGCGCCCAUGACUAUAAGCUCUUCUUCUGGCGGUCCCUAUUCGUAUUCGUCAGCAGAUGUGGCUGCGCUACGCGCUCAAAUGGAGAACGAGCUUUCUGUUUUACGAGCCGAGCUCAACGAUGGGCUUUCACGCGCAGCUAAUAUUGCAUCAUCGACUGCUGCUUCCCAACGGCAACAGACUUUUCACCCUGAGAUAAUAAAAUCGGAAAUCAUGGGUGAGUGCCGCAAGCUCCUCCAAGGAGAGCUCACAAAGACUCAGUCUGAGAUUCUGACAAGUGCUCGCCUUCAGUGCAACGGGGUACAGGAUGCACUCAAGUUGGACAUCGACACUGCAUUUGAAACAAUAAAGGGCAUCAACUCCACAGUACAGCGUUUGGAGACGUCCUCUGCUAAAUAUGUCCUCAAAACGGACGUCCAAUCCCACGAGCUUCGCAUCCUCAAUCUGGAAUCGACAUCAGCGCAUAAUAGCAAAACUAUAACUGAGACGCGACAGGCAGUUUCAAAUAUAAACGAGUUAUUGGACCAGCUUAGUACUCAAGUCCAUCAGUUCUGCGAAGGCGAGAAUGGGCGCCAGUGCUCUAUGCAAGAGGCUGUUAAGUACAUAGUUAGUUAUGACCUCAACGAGGUCCAAGCCAAGUGUCAACGGAUGGACUCGCUUCUAUCUGCCUUGGACACACGAACGAAAGAGCUGUCUGAACUUACUGACAGACACGUUGCAAGACAAGAUCUCAUCGAGAAAAAGCUCCUUGCAGAGGGGACUGACGACGUCCUGAAGCGCGACGACACAUCGCUGCUUUUUAUUCAAAACACCUCAGCUCCAGUCAUAGCAAAGGCGGUCGGCGACUUAAGGUUAGAACUUACCACGCUGAUCUCCUCCCUUCGGGACGAUCUCUCCAAAGUGCAUGCCACUGUAUCCGAAUCUAUAGCUAAGGAAAAGCAAACAUGCCUUGAUAGAAACUCUAGGGAUGAAAUAAUAGCAGAAUGUAUGGUUGCCACAAAAGAUCUUAUUGAAGCAACAUCGGGAGCACUGAUAGAGGCUAAUACCGAGGGGAUCCGUAGGAUGAUUACUGACGCUAACAUAGAUAUCGAAGGGCUUCGAAGGGCCAACGACAGUGCAGAGCAAGUGAUAGAGGAGCAGAAUCGCAAGAUUAUCAAAUUAGAGGCGGAUGUUGCCUCAAUAGCUGCGUCCUCAUGCAGCUCUGCUACAGAGAUACCACCGCGAGACUUUGGCAAGUCUCUAAGCAACGCUAGUGACCUUGAGGUCCUCUUUGACAAGUGCUAUGGAUAUAUAGACAUUAUAAAGGACGAUCUAAAGAGUGACUCUACAGCAACUAAGGAAAGAGUUGAGCACAUAUUCGAUGAGUAUAGCGAGCGGCUGACUUCUUGUGAGUCAAGGCUUGCGGACCUCCUUUCAAAUGUAGAAGCAACAAAGUGUGUUGCUGGGAUUAUCACCACUGGAGAAGACGGUGUCCUUUCUGCCACUUCUUCGUUUUGCUCCACCCCGGGCGGCGGUGAUUCAAGGGCAUUGGAGGACACAGUGAAGAAACUAAAAAGUAUUGUGUCCCGUUUAACAAAGGAAGCUACUGCGUCAUCAAUCUCCAUAAAGAAUCUCAUUGAUAGCCAGCAAAAGCUGGGAGACGAGAUGCUGCGGCUUCGCCAGGAUGCCGUGGGCGGCUCAACGAAAACUCUGUUCGGAGAACUGAGCACUCGGAUGGAGGCGAUGCGCGAAGAGCUAGAAAAGAAGACGAGUAUCAUUUCAUCCUUGGAGGUACGCGUUGCGCUUUUAGAGCAGACAAGGGGCUACACCUAUGAUGAAAUAGUGGCAAUCUUCCACGAUCUUCAGCAAUCGUCUUCUGCCAACAAGGUUGCAUCUAGUUCAAUGAUAAAUAUAAAUUCACAAGGUCCGCAGCAGGACGCCGCGUCGGGUGGGAGGCCAAUAAAUGUAUCGCAAAGCCUUCUAACGACAGAGCACCUUCAGCCUAAGAGUGAUCAGCGACACAUGGCAAAUGCUGCCAGACGAUCUAGCGUGCAGUGUACCAAUGCGGCCGUUAUUGCGUCAUCUCUUCAUGAUCUUGUGGAGGCUAUCCCGCCUCAGUCAAGCUUUAAUGCAAGUGCUUGGAAAGAACUACUAUGUGUACAGCGCUCAAUCUUUGACCAGGCAACUCUUUCAAAUAUGUACUUUGACAAGGUAAGCGUGGAUCCCAUGUUUGGUUUUGUGGUUGGAUCCGACGGGGCAUUUCUGCGCAUAUGGAAAGUUAAGCCAUUGAGCCGCGACGACUUCAAUAAGGCGAGCACCAUUAAAGGAGCCUUUGAUAUUAUUGCGGCAGAGGACGUAAUAGAAUGCCCAGGUGUGACUUGCUCGACGAUUGGUGGCAACUUGCUCUGCGCAGGAAAUGAUAAGGGCUAUCUUGCGGCCUGGCCCAGUGUUGGGGACCCCUAUCAGCUAAUUGCUUAUCCUAAUGGAUCAGUGUCCUGCAUCUCUGUGCUGGCAGACAAAGAGAGGCGAUGCGUGGUGAGUGGCGGGGACUCUGGAGUCAUUAUGGAGUGGAGUCCAAUGGAUGGCAACUCCGCAAUGCUCGGAACACACACAGCAAAGGCUACGUGUGCUGACACUUGCUCUUCAUAUGCUCUGACCGGAAGCCGCGACUGCUCUGCGAUUUGCUGGGAUUUGAUUGAGGGACGGGAGCGCGCAAGGUGCCUUGGACACCCAGACGUCCUCCUCAGCUGCUAUAUUUGCAAGGAGCACUCGGAACUGUGCGUUACAGGGAGUGCAGACGGAACCGUCCGUCUGUGGGACAUGCGACUCGACAAUCUUGACCAGGGAAAGGCAAAGUCACGAUGCUUGUUCGUCACUAACAGCCCUGCAAGCGUUACAAAAGGCGUUGUAAGCGUGUUUAUGAACAGAGACAUGAUGAUCUCCACUUGUGAGGACGGCUCUAUCAAGCUGUGGGACAUCAGAGCAACAACGCCAGAGUGCGUGCAGACACUCACAAUUGAUUCUGGGCGCAUCCUAUGUAGUGCGGUCUUGAAUAAUUCCAUGGUCAUCAGCGCUGAUGCUGGCAGUCUGCUUGCGCUGGAGUUCAUGCAGUAA